CCAGCCCUUCCCCAGAGGAGGAGGCGCCUGCCCUUUGUCCACGCUGACAUCAGCCUCAAAAGCCCCACUCGGGAAAGUCCACAGCACCCAAGGCGUGGCUCUCCCUCUCCGGCGUCUCCAGCACCAGCCUUGCCCUCCAGCCAGCCCAUUCGUCAUGGCCAACAGAGGACCUGCAUACGGACUCAGUCGGGAGGUUCAACAGAAGAUCGAUAAACAGUAUGACCCGGACUUGGAGCUGAUCCUCAUCCAGUGGAUCGGGGCCCAGUGUGGCCCUGAUGUCGGGCAGCCUCAGCCGGGAAAGGACAACUUCCAGAAGUGGUUGAAAGACGGCACCGUGCUGUGCAGGCUCAUCAAUAGCCUUUAUCCCCCCGGCAAAGGCCCGGUGGCCAAGAUCCAAAGCUCCACCAUGGCCUUCAAGCAAAUGGAGCAGAUUUCACAGUUCCUGCGUGCAGCUGAGCAGUACGGCAUCCUGGCCACAGACAUAUUCCAGACGGUGGACCUCUGGGAAGGUAAAAACAUGGCCUGUGUGCAAAGGACUUUGAUGAACCUGGGAGGAUUGGCAGUCGCAAAAGGAGAUGAAUUCUUCGCCGGAGAUCCCAACUGGUUCCCAAAGAAGUCCCAGGAGAACCGCCGUGCUUUCUCAGACGACAAGCUUAAGGAAGGGCAGAGCGUCAUUGGCUUGCAGAUGGGCACGAACCGGGGAGCCUCCCAAGCCGGCAUGACGGGUUACGGCAUGCCGCGGCAGAUCCUUUGAACCCCGCUUCCAUUGUUACCGUUUCCCCCAAAAUCUGAUUUCCAAAUUAAGCAACCACCUUUAGCCUUAAAGCGGGCGAGUGGCAAGGCAAGAGCCAUGAAACCCCAUGCCUACCAUUGCCAGUAUGUUCUUUUUUAAUCCAUGUUUUCCCCCAUCAUCCUCUUUUAGCCCUCACAUUUGGAGCUAAAUCUUGCCUAGUCUCAGUAGUUUUUUUUUAAACCCCUUCCCUUCACUAUCUCAUAGAUGGGACCACAAUUGGGUGUUGGUAUUGACCAAAAGAUCCUCACUCGGGUUCGGUUUUGGGGCACCUUCAGUACUGUCCACAUUCCUGUAUCUGGCUUCUCAAGGCAGCGUUUUUGGAGACUCGAUACGUAUCCACUCCUGGGCAUUCCUUUCACAGUUUUGCCAAAAAAAGAGAAAUACAUCUUGUAAUAUUUUUUUGUGAUUUGUACGAUUGCAUCCAUUCCUAUUGCUCGAACCCCAGCCCUCUCCACAUCUGAAAUGCACAUGGAAUCGCACUACCGUUUAAUGAUUUCGGAAAAGCAAUUCCCAGGUGAAAGCAAAAGGUGUUCCUUCUUGGUGCUAGGUUUACAUUUCUUUCUCGGGUAGAUCGGGAUCAUGGGACGUUAGCAAAAGGCAAGACUUUUUCAGCUGUGCUUUGGAGCGGUUUCCCAGUUGAUGCUUGGCUUUGCUCUUCAAUCUCCCUCUCCAUAGGGUUCUUACCCGGUAAAGGCAUUUUAGUUUUGGCCAUGCCGUUCCUAACUAGGAUUGUGCGUGUUGCCAGAGCCAUUUUGCCAAUCUCACCUUGUUUUGGAGUCAAAAGGCCGAACCCUCCAUAAAUGCAUAGCAUUUCUUAACUGUGGGGCGCACUCUUCAACCCAAAGGGCACAACUAAGGAAUAAACAUUGCUCAAUUCUUUGUUCGUAAA